AUGAGUAUCCGGGGUCAUGUAAGCGUCCUCGAAACACCGAACCUCGCCCGAGUCGGUGCUCUGAAUGCCCCCGAACCGAAUGGGAUGGAGGUCCUGGCAAAUUGCACGGAUCUUCAAGGGGUCUUUCUGGAUGGGCUUGAGGAGGCGUAUGGUGGACUUUGGUUUGAUGGGUAUAUUGGUCGAGUGAACCUCGGUCAGAUGGUGCAGACAGAUGCGCCAAUUACCAUCCGAGCGAGAUCGCCUAUGUCGAUAGACUCGACGCUUCAGGAUGCGGGGGUGCUUGAUCUUUCGGGGGAGUUUGAGGCCAUAAACUUCUCCGACAUCGCCACCGCAGAGUCCCUGACCAUCACGACUACCAGCUCUACCAAAUGUGCAUCUAACCUAGUGGAAGUGUACAGCACCCUGAACUCGCCCCGCGAAGCUUCAUUCUGCAGUGAAGAUACCGCGUCUCCAUCCUCGUCUACCUCCUCCCUCGGCGAGGGCCUCGAUGACUUGCUCAAUAAUGACGACGACGAGAGAUCUUCGACGCGUUGGACCCCGCCCUCAUUCGAGGAUGUGUACGGGGAUCGCGACGAUGACAAGGGCAGCUCGCCGCGGAACCAUGGGAUCCCGACAGCGGUGAUUGUGCUCAUUCCGGUGAUUGUGGGCGUUACCUGUUGUGGUUUGGCUUGGUGCUGUGCGAGUAAGUGUGCGACGAAAAGGAAGGAGAAGCAGCAGCAGCAAGGACAGCAGGAAAGUUCUGGCGACUUGGAGGCGUCGAUUCAGCAGGUUCAGCCUGCCGUUGUGAGGGAUCCACAUGAGUUCAGUAAUGAUCUUCCACCGCCGUACUCGGUGGAUACGCCAACCCAGGAGCGAAGUAGAUAUUUCUAG